CAGCUUUACGGUAGGGCCACGGCCAGAGAGGAUGUGCGUGAGCGGUGGUCUUUUUCAUCUCCUUGAAGCGCAGAAUCUGCCGGGUUUCAACAUGAUUUUAAGGGGACUCUAGCGGGAUUUCUUUCCUACUGUUUCUUCAGCACACAACUGUGAACCCCGCGCUGCUUAACCUGAAAAGAGAUGCGCGCAGAUAAACGCGGAUACAUUGUCCGGACACCGCGAGAGGAGGAGAGGAGCAUGUAACCGGGAGAAACGCACCGGCGGCACCACCUGACACUUCCCCCUCUCGCUACUUGUUUUCCCAUAAUUGUAGGCUUUUUGCUGUGUUGACUGAACUCUUCUCCUUGGAUUUGGAUUUUACAUUCAGCAAAAUGAGCGAAGAAGUGUCAGAGGUCCCCAAAGAGCUCCUGGAGAGUGUGAGAGAUGCAGUGGGGAGGAAGGUGAAGCUGUCACUGAGGAAGAGAGUCAAACUAGAGAUCAAAGGAGACAAGACGGAGAACAGAGUCUUGGCCCUGGCAUCUCACCGAGCCUACCUCUUGACAGCACGCAUUCCCACCAAGGUGGAACAUUCCUUUAAUUAUCUGGAGAUCCAGGGGAUUGCUUGUAACAAGCCUACACAGCUGUUCAUAGAGUACGAGCGUGGCUCCUUCUCUCUGAAGCUGCCCUCUACAGAGGAAGUCAACGAGGUGGUCGCUCACAUAGGAAACUGUCUGCUUAGGAUAUGUCCCGGUUUACCACCUAGUAAAGUGAUGAAGAAGCUCUGCAUGGAGCCUCCAGACAGACUGACCUCUCUGCAGACUCUGUGGGAGAACAACAAACCUGCUGAACCUGGACCCUGUGGUGGGUUUUCUCAGAUGUACAGAUGUGUUUGUGACUGGUUGGGGCUGCCGCACCGGGAAGAGGUGCAAUGGGAUGUGGACACUAUCUAUUUGACACAAGACACCAGAGAACUCAACCUGCAGGACUUCAGCCAUCUGGAGAACAGGGAUCUGGUGGCUAUAAUAGCAGUCCUGGAGUUUAACCAGUGGUUCACCAAGCUCUCCACUAAGGACUACAAACUGUCUGCAGAUGUUUGCGAGCAGAUCCUUCGUGUUGUGUCCCGCUCCAGUCGACUGGAGGAGUUGGUUCUGGACAACGCAGGACUCAAAACGGAUUUUGCCCAAAAGCUAGCUGCUGCCCUGGCCCACAACCCCAGCUCCGGACUCACCACCAUUAAUCUUGCCAACAACCCACUGGAGGACAGAGGUAUCUCCUCCCUGGGUGCUCAGUUUGCCAAACUUCGUAUGGGUCUCAAGCAUUUAAACUUCUCCAAAACCUCACUAUCACCCAAAGGGGUGAACAGCCUUUGCCAGUCACUGAGUGCCAACCCGUCCAUCCCCAGCAGCCUGGUCCAUCUGGACCUCUCAGGGAAUGUCCUCCGAGGAGACGACAUGCAGCAUUUCUACCACUUCCUGGGUCAACCCAACAGCCUGGGAACCCUUGACCUCUCCAACACUGACUGCUCAUUGGACCUGGUUUGCUCGGCGCUGCUGCGAGGCUCGGUCCAACACCUCUCUGUUCUUAACUUAUCAAAGAGUGUCUUCCCUCACAGGAAAGGCAAAGAGGUGCCUCCAUCAUUUAAGCACUUCUUCAGCAGUGCCAUGUCUCUCAGCUCCAUCAACGUGUCAGGAACCAAACUGCCACCAGAGGCCCUCAAGGCUCUCCUGCUUGGCCUGGCCAGUAACCUCAGUCUGAAGGACGUGUCUCUAGACCUCAGCUGCUGUGAGUUGAGGUCAGGAGGUUCUCAGAUCCUUGAAGGUUGUAUUGCCGAGAUCCCAAACAUCUCCAGCCUAGACAUCUCUGACAACGGCCUGGACUCAGACUUGUCCACUCUGCUGGUUUGGUUGGCCAAGAACCGAUCCAUCAGGCACCUCUCUCUGGGCAAGAACUUCAAUAACAUCAAGUCUAAAAACCUCGCUCCAGUGUUGGACAGCCUGGUCCAUAUGAUUCAGGAAGAGGAGUCGCCCCUCACCUCUCUGUCUCUAGCAGAUUCCAGACUAAAGAGUGAUCUGACCAUUGUUUUGAACGCACUCGGCAGCAACUCCUCGCUCACCAGGUUAGACAUCAGCGGGAACGCCAUGGGGGACAUGGGAGCCAAGAUGCUGGCCAAGGCGCUACAGAUAAACUCCAAACUCAGGACUGUGAUCUGGGAUAAGAACAACACCAGCCCUCAGGGUCUUCAGGAUGUAGCAGCCGCUCUGGAGAAGAACUUCACCAUUCGUUUCAUGCCCAUCCCUAUCAUUGAUGCCUCCCAGGCUCUGAAGGCCAGCCCUGAGAAAACAGAGGACGCCUUGCUAAAGAUUGAGAAUUAUCUGUACAGGAACCAUGAAACCAGAAAAUACCUACAGGAACAGGCCUAUCGGCUGCAGCAGGGCAUCGUAACCACAACCACACAACAGAUGAUUGAAAGGAUUUGUGUGAAGGUGCAGGACCACCUGAACUCUCUGAGGAACUCGGAGACAGACGCCAUCUUGGAGGACGUCAGGUCAGCUGAGAACCUCAUCAAAGAUGCCAGGAACUCUAAAACGCUGCUCCCUAACCUCUACCACCUAGGAUCAGCUGCCAGAGAGGAGGUGAACAGCUCGUCAGUGGGACCCAUCCAGGAGAAACUGGAGUCUAUGGCUGGGGAGGUGACUACUGUCAUGGACCAGCAACUGCAGACUCUGUUGGAGUCUAUGGUGGAUGCAGCGGAGUCUCUGUGUCCCCAUGUGAUGAAGAGAUGUAAUCUUCGUCCAGAGCUAAUAAAAGCCAGCUCAGCCAAGAUGGUGGUACCAAAAAGCUUUGUCACCAAAACCCUCCUGGAGCAGUCUGGGGUGGAUAUUAUCAACAAGAUCAGUGAGGUGAAGCUGAGUCUAGCGUCCUUCCUGUCCGAUCGCAUUGUCGAUGAGAUUCUGGAGGCUCUUUCCACUUCCCAGCUCACUCUAGCAGACCAUCUGGUGCGGCGGGGUCGCCCCUUAGUGCAGCAGGAGUCGGUGGAUCUUGACGUCCCAGAGGAGAAGAUUCCUAAACGGGCAUCUGCAGAGAUACUGGAGGCUGAGAGGCUGGACGAUCUAGAGACCUGCAUGAUGACUCCUAAAUCCAAGAGGAAGAGCAUCCACAGCAGAAUGCUUCGGCCAGUAUCCCGUGCCUUUGAGAUGGAGUUUGACCUGGACAAGGCCCUGGAGGACGUCCCUAUCCAUGUGGAGGACACUUCAACUUCAUCUCGAACUCCUCCCACUCCAUCUCAGGUGCUGCCAAAAGUGGAGCAACGUCCAUCAGGGGUGAUGGUAGAGUUACCGUCUGAGGAGGAAAAAAAGCUGCAGCACUUCACCAAACAACGACCCCGCCGGAACAAGAAAACACAUUCCAGCAAAGUACCUCAAAUCAAUAGUGCACCAUCUCAGGAUGGUGAGCAGAAUGGCCUCAUGGGAAGGGUGGAUGAGGGUGUGGAUGAGUUCUUCUCUACGAAAGUCACCAAGAUGGAUUCCAAACGUUCCCUGAAGAGUUCAGAAUCUCAGGAUGGAGAGAAGAAGAAGAGUAAAGGAGGAUUCCUCAACCUCAUCAAACGUUCCUCCAAGUUAGAUAAAUCUGAUAAAUUGGACAAAUCAGAUAAGUCUGAGAAAAACCAGGGGAACUCUCCUGCGUCAGGUACAUCCUCGACGCCAGCUUCCAUCCCUGAGGAGCCCUCCUCGCCAAAGGUUGCAGUGAAGAGCCCAGCACCUGAACCAAAGUCCAGAGAUGCCUCCAGCCGCUCACAGCCCGCAGAUUACAGCAGCAGCUCAGACCGCUCAGAGGAGCUGAGAACGCCGGACUCGAUAGACGAGCCAUGGGAGGGUUCGGACGGCAGGGGCAGUCCUCAGGGAGGCAGGCGGUACCCAGGGUUGCAGAUAAUGGGCAGCGGCCUCCUGGCAGAGAUGAAGGCCAAGCAGGAGAGGAGAGCACACAAGUCUUCCAGCCCCGACAGGCCUGACAGCAAUGCAACAGCAGUCAAGUCCCAGCCCACCAUUUCAGAAAGCAGGUGUCCCACUGGCUCAGUGAAUAAACCAGAACCUCCGACUGGUUCUCCAGAAAAGACCCCUCGCACCGAGACCAAGCCUGAACCGGUCCCUCGUCUUAGGGCUACGUCCUCCUCGAGUUCCCUUUUGGGACCUGUAAGCAAACCACCUGUGCCACAGGGAGUGAAGCCUGCCCUGGCUGCCCGACCCACCAUCCCUCAGAAGCCAAGGACCCCGAGUAGCAGUAGGAGCAUAGAUGAGAGCUCAGAUUCCCCCAGCAGUGGCGGCUUGUCUCCUAAGGUCACAGCUCUUCCUCCCACACUGAAGAGGAGGCUGUCGGAGAAAGACAAAGAGGGCCAGACCGGUCUGCUGUCAGGAAGCUCUGCCAACAAAACAACUCAGGAUGUGAGGGCGGGCUCUGUGUCAGACUCUGUUCAGCGACCCAGCCCACUCCGUACCAACUCAGAGGAUCAUGGCACCUGUAAGACCAAGGACCAAUCUCCAAACCCAGAUAAGGACAAGGCAGCGGGCAAGAAGUCAUCAGAUUCUGGGGAGGAGCCAGACAAAGACUUUAUUUUCAUAUGAGUGAGAAAAAUUUACAGCAAAAACCUGUCAAUAAGCCUCACAGGUUUUCCUUUAGAAAAGCAACUAAGGGGAUAAUCAAUAUGCUUUCAUUCAUAUUAGAGGUUUUACCUGUUGUAGAAAAGUACAAAUCAUGUUUGAUUUGCAGGAAGACCUGCUGUAGAAUCAGGUAAUACACAGUUUCAAAUUAAAGUAAAUUUGUUUGUCAAUGAUAAAAGUAUUGAUAUUAACACAAAAUUUUGUAAUUCUCUUUUUCAGUCACAUGUCACCUAGUAAACCAAACUGUGCAAAGUCUCCUAAGAACUUCCUUUUCACAAACAGACUUUUUUCCUCUUUUUUUUGUCCACAAUCUCUGCGGUCAGGUGAAAAUCUAAUGACAAGAUUAAACUUUUCAGGAUUUGAGGAAAUGGCUCCAAAGGUGAUCCAGUGUAUUCAGCCAAUGAGUAUUGAAACAUGAAUUUAAGUGGGAGUUUGUAAACCACUAAAAAAGAGAGAUACGAUGCUUUCAGGAAACAGCAGACCUUUUUUGGUGCAAAAGACCAAGGAGAGACUGUGAGCGUACAUUUAAUAUCUCUUUCUUUAAUUAAAAAAUCCAAUGUCUUGUUGCUAUUUGUUGUAGUAGCUUGUUUCCCAGGGACCAAACAUAUGUAACAAUAAUACCAGGAUCACUGUACUGUAAAACAUAUAACCAGACCAGGACCUGAUAGCAUUUUUUUCCUUUAAUAUAUUUGUAUAGAUUUUUCUAUAUGCUAUUUUCAGCAUGUGCAAGUUACUUUUCUCUGAACGUCAGAAGGGACUGAAUCCAUUAUGCAAUUCAUCAUUUUUUUUUUUUUUUCCAGGAAAACACAGGUUCAGCUGGGAAUCUUAGCCCACAAUAAAUCAUAAAUACACAUUAGAUGUAGCUCACCUAACGUUAAAAAAUAAUAAUAAAUUUGUGGGUCAAAGUGGUGCACUCAGAGGAGACUAACUGGACUCUUCACUAAAUGCCUGAAGGAUAGCUAUAGACUAUAUCAAACACCCCAGAUGGACUUAAGUUUGUCUCUGUGUGAGAGAGUUGGAGUGACCAUAUGAAGUGCUGCUUUGAGAGGACUGUGGUACGCUUUAACUUCAUCGAUAACCAAUCAACAAGGCUUCAGCACUGUUAACUAACACUCUGCUCUCUGUGUUUGGACACAAUGGAGAAAAAAACUUUUAUCUUACGAUACCUUUUGAACUGCGGAAGUCUUUUUUUUUUUUACGCUGUUUAUGGGGACAGGAGUAUGUGCCUGUCUUUCAAGUGCAAUACAGAGUGACAUAAACAUUACAGGCUUGUAUUUAUGUAGUGUGAUUUGGUCAAAAAAUGUAAACCAAACAGCUUGAUUUCUAGCUGGUACCCCUUGGAACAAAUGAGACCAUUAAGCAUUAAACUGAACGGAUUGGGGUGCCAGUGUCUGUUACAAUCAUAAACACUGAAUUGUUCUUAAAGACAAACAGAUCCUCACUUCUGGUAACGUACUUACAUUUUACAUUUAUUAAUAUACCCUGGUGUGCUGAUGGUCCAAUGAAAGCAAAGAACUUAAAAAGAGGAAUGUCAGAGAUAAUCUGCUUGAAGGUAACAGAAAUUUACGUGUAAUUUGCCCUGCUAUUUCAGUAUUUUGGCAAUAACCUCUUCAGUUCUUUGUGUAAAAAGCAUGACACUAAGGGAACUCCAGCCUUCAAACACUCUUUGUCUUCGGUGUCUCUCACAGACUUACCUUCAGGGCUUUCAAAUUCAGUUCACUUUCACUUCGUUCUUUGCAAGACAAGACAUUUCUUCGAAAUUCAACCUAAAAGGAGUUAGCUAUUGUAUUGCCUUUGUUAAAAUGUAAUUGAGAAUGCAGUGCCUGAAGUGCAAGUGAACUGAGGGUAACUGUAUUUUGACCACAUGGACCUCUUGACUAUUCUGUAUGUAGCAUUUUCAGGACCUGAAUGCUACGCAAUGACACAGGUCUCGGGCCAAUUCAUCUUGUCUUUGUUUUUUAAGAGUGAGAAAUGCCCUUUUCACACUGCUACAGAGUCGGUAAACAGAUUCUUAAAAUUAUCUAGUAUUCAAAAUUAAUAUUAUUUGGAUAUGGGGGGCAAAUUAUACCUCUACCUAGAGUUUGCACUUUAAGCAUUGGAUUGUUUUCUUUGAUAUAAAACCAUGCAGUUUUACUAUUAUUGCAUAUACUAUAUAGAUUGGGACAGAACUAGCACCUUUGUACUAGAUUAACAUUGGAGUUACCAUAAUUACCGGUUUUUAACUUAUAAAUGCCAUCAACAUCCAAGCCGUAAUUAAGACUGGGAAAUUUAGAUUUUUCCCAGAAAGCUCUGACAUACAGUGCUAUAUUGUCAAUGCACAGUAUUUUUAACCCUGUUCACCUAACAAAUGAUAGAACCAUCAUGAGUUGUCUUAUGACGUAAGAUGGCUGUCCCAUUAUCCUUUAUGACGUGAGCGUAGCAUUAUACUCCAUAAUCACCUGUAUGUGAGAUCUGACUCCUUAUUUUACAUCAACAUUAACCGGAAUUACUUUUAGUUUUAACUAUCUAGGGUGCUCCAACAUUAUCUUUAAAUCUUAACUAGACCCUGUUUUUUGUGCAGUGUGAAGGGGGCACCACUGUAUUUUACUGUACUGUACAAGAGUCAGGACCAAAGGUCUUACUGGUGCACCUUUUCCUAUGGUGACUAUCGAUGUCUUUUUGUAAGAUCAUAAUAAGAUUUUACUUCUUUGUCACUAAUCAUGGCUUGGAAAUAACACUAUUCAUGUUGUGUAUAUAGUUCAUCUGUCUCUGAUGUCAACAACUGCUUUAAUUUACAGUCCCAAAACUCAAACAUCACUUUUUUUUUUAAAAAGGUGUUACAGGACACUGAAAAAGAAAAAAAAUACCACUACUUAAAUGCAAUAUGUUUAAAGCAAACACAUGUGGGUGUUGACAUUUUCCUGACGCAAGGAAAUUAAAUGGACACCCUCUUUCACUCUUUCUGUGUGGGAUUUCAGAAGCACCUGUCUGUGUCUCUGUCAGGUUGUGUGAAAUGACUGAUGAUUUCCUCUUCAAUCCUCCUGAAAAAUGAGCAUCCACCACGUUUCAGUGGAGAAAGUGAAAAUAACCCGACUCCUGACUCUGUGUGUGACUGCAUGAUGUGGCUGUGAGUUGUACUGUAUGUAUAUAUGUGCUUUCAUACAUGUAGGGGUGUGUGUGUGUGCGUGCGUGUGUGUGCGUGCGUGUGUGUGUGCGUGCUAUAUGCACAUGUAAUAUACACACUGUGAUAUAUUCACAUGCCUAUGUGAACACAGCAAAUCCUACAGUAUAUUGUUUUGGUACUAAGUACACUACUAUACUAGGGGUUUGUAACUUAUUUGGAAUAAAAACUCAAACAGUGGCCGGUGAUGUCUUGAUUUUUUUUCUCUCUCACUUGUACAUUGUGUUCAUAAAUGUAGGAAUUAAUUAAUUAUUUGUAUGUUUUAAUUUGUUAUUACAUGUAAUCUAUUUAAUGUUACUUUCAUCAUGAAAACAAUGUCUGAAAAGAAAGCCUAAAUACAAAUGACAUGUUUGCUCAUAAUCAGUCUUGAGACAUUAUUUGUUCCAUUUUGUCAUGGAUCAACAUGGUUCAUUAAGUCAUUCUGCUGGUCUUGGAUAUUUCUUCAUGUGAAUAUUAAUAUUGAUUAAAAUAAUUUUACAGUCUUCAAAA